CCCAGACUGACCCACCUUCCAUAACUCUCGAAAGAAGCCAGGCAGAGGACCAGGAUGGAGGAGGACUUCUCCUCCCAGAUGAAGAAGAUGGCCUUGGCCAUGGGUACGUCCCUUUCAGACAAGGACAUUGAGCUGCUGCCCACGGACAUGAGACACCACGGGUCCUUCAACUACCUCAAGUUCUUCGAGCACAUGCGCAAGUUCCACGCCUUGGGCCAGCUGGACGCCGCCAUCCGCGAGGCCUUCCAGUCCCUGGACAAGGACAAGAGCGGCUUCAUUGAGUGGAACGAGAUCAAGUACAUCCUGUCCAUCAUCCCCAGCAGCGGGCCCACCGCCCCGCUGACAGACGAGGAGGCCGAGGCCAUGAUCCAGGCGGCGGACACAGACGGGGACGGGAGGAUCGACUACGAAGAAUUUUCUGAAUUGAUCAAAAAGGAGAAAAUUCCAAAGAAGAAGUAG